AUCUUCAAAUCCUUCAUGAGGUGAACAGCCAACCUCAAAAGGAGAGUACCUGUUUAGUGAGUUCCACGAACAAAACCCUGUAUCUAGACAGGCCACAAGGUUCCAAGCGCGUCCUGCUGAAAGUGAUUCCUGUUGUAUUACAACACAACAAUCGAGCCCUGAACACUUAUGCAGUACUCGAUGAUGGAUCCGAAAGGACUAUGUUACUCCCAGCUGCAGUUAAGAAACUAGGGUUACAAGGACAGAAGGAAGAUCUAAUAUUAAGAACUAUUCGACAAGAUAUGAGGAAACUAAAUGGAGCAGCAGUUUCCUUUAGAAUACGUUCUAUAUCAAAGCCCCAAAAGAGUUAUUGGAUCCAGAAUGCCUUUACCUCUGAGCACUUAGGUUUAGCUGAACAUUCGUAUCCCAUUGCAACACUCCAGCAGAGAUACCAACAUCUAAAGGACAUUCCUUUACAGCCCAUAGAUAAAGUACAACCCUCCUUUUGAUAGGAGCAGACCAUCCCCACCUUAUAACACCUGUUGAGCCUAUACGCCUAGGGCCCCCAGGAGGUCCCGCAGCUAUUAAAACUAGAUUAGGCUGGACACUACAAGGUCCAACGCGCUUUCUGCAGCAGCAGAUACAGCCUCAACAAUGCUUACAUAUCUCUAUCACUCCCCAAAUGGAAGAACUUUCCCGAAAUGUAGAGAGACUCUGGCAAAGCGAUACCAUUCCCCACAGAAAUGAGAAAUUAGUCACACGAUCAAAGCAGGAUCAAAUGGCAAUAGAUCUAACAAAGGGGCGUAGCUUAGUAGAACUUGUUACACCUAACAGGUGGAGUUUAGGUCCACCCUUUUUACUUAAAGCAGAAUCAGAGUGGCCAACCCUGCCACCUCUUAAGACCCCUGAAGAUAAAGUGGAAAGGAGAGCUAGUAUAUUCUGUGGUGUCACCCAAACAUUAAAGCCCUUAGACCCUAGUAAGUACCACUCUUGGAAAGAUCUUGUUGAAGCCAUAGUUCAACAACAUCCAAGUGACUUAGAUCAAUCUAGUAUACCUACAGCUAAGGACUAUGUGACAGCAGAACAUCUCCUCUUCCGCAAUAUUCAACAAGAUAGUUUCCCAGAAGAAUACGAGCAACUAAGCUCUGGUAAGCCCGUAUCCCCUACAAGUAGAUUACUCACUUUAGCCCCAGAAUUCGAUAAAGCCAGUCAGCUUAUACGGGUAGGAGGACGCCUACGUCGUGCUGAAGGCUUAGAACUCCAAACAGUUCACCCUAUUGUCCUAGACCCUCAUCAUCAAGCCACCAAAUUACUCAUUCAAGACUAUGAUAGUAAGCUAUGUCACCCAGGACCAGAACGAGUAUUUGCUGAAAUGAGGAGAAGUGUCUGGAUACUAAGAGGUCGUGAAGCAAUUCGAAAAUCACAACAUAACUGUAUGGAGUGUCGUAAGUGGAAGGCUAAACCUGAGAACCCUAAGAUGGCUGAUCUUCCUCCAGCACGCUUGAGACUUCAUAAACCACCCUUUUAUAGUACUGGUAUGGAUUGUUUUGGACCUUUCCAAACCAAAAUAGGCAGGCGUUUAGAGAAAAGAUGGGGAAUAAUCUUUAAGUGUCUUACAACUCGAUGUGUACACAUUGAGCUUCUCACAGCUAUAGACACAGAUUCUUUCCUCAUGGCUCUGAGGAGAUUUAUAGCACGUAGAGGCACCCCCUCAGAACUGAUAUCUGACCAAGGCACUAACUUCCAGGGUGGACAGAGAGAGUUAAAAGAUGCUUUAAAGAAUUGCAGCCAAGAACUUCAACGGCAUCUUGCCAAACAGAAGAUCGAAUUCCGAUUUAACCCACCUAAUGCCCCUCACUUUGGUGGCAGCUGGGAAAGGGAGAUCCGAUCUCUUAAAAAUGCCCUCCGUACAGUAGUAGGUGCACAAACAGUAACAGAAGAAGUUCUUCAAACAGUACUUAUUGAAAUAGAAGGAAUCCUUAAUAGCAAACCUUUAGGUUAUGUCUCCUCCAAUGUAGCAGAUUUAGACCCAAUCACCCCAAAUCUUCUGCUCAUGGGGCGGCUAGACAGCUCUUUACCUCAAGUGAUAUACCCUGCCGAUGAACUCAUAGGACGACGUAGAUGGAGACAAAGUCAAGUUCUCACUGAUCACUUUUGGUCAAGCUUCGUGAGACACUACUUACCCAAUCUCCAGCUACGCCACAAAUGGUAUGGAGAAACUAAAACUCUGACAGUUGGGUCUGUCGUCAUGAUUGUCGAUCCCCAGUUACCACGAGCCCUUUGGUUGAUCGGGAGAGUGUCAAAGACAUUUCCUGGAGCAGAUGGACAAGUUAGGUCUGCAGAGGUCAACGUUAAAGGUCGAUUAUACACACGGCCAGUUACCCGACUCAUUAAUCUACCAGAGAUAGCAGUUGAAGACGACACCAAGAUCAAAUCGGCAGACUUUUAGCUAAGAUUUAGAAGCAAAUAUGCUAUGCAUAUU